GCCCGAGGAUCAACACAAAACCGCAUUUCAGACCAGGUACGGUUUGUACAAGUUUGUAGUGAUGCCUUUCGGCCUUUGAAAUGCUCCUGGCACGUUUCAGCACGUGAUGAAUUGGAUCUUUCAUGACUACUUGGACAAGUUUGUCAUCGUGUACCUCGAUGACAUACUUAUCUUUAGUAGGAUUGUCGAAGAGCACGUAGCUCAUUUGGACAAAGUCCUUAGUCUCCUUCGACAGCACAAGUUCAAGAUCAACGGUGACAAGUGUGAGUUUGACCGCACCCGUAUCUUGUACUUGGGUCAUGAGAUAUCCGCGGAGGGAUUGAAGCCCGAUGACGCGAAGGUGGCCAGCAUUUGUAACUGGCUGCGUCCUCAGUCUGUGACUGAGAUGAGGUCUUUCUUAGGGAUGACCGGCUACUGCCGUAACUUUGUUAAGAACUAUAGUAUGGUGGCCGCCCCUUUGACUGACCUGACCCGCCUUGACACCCCAUGGGAGUGGACAGACAGAUGUGAGGCUGCUUUCAAACAUCUGAAGCAUGCGUUGACGCAUCAUAAGGUCUUGAAACUUCCCGAUCUUGACAAGCCGUUCAUAGUAACCACGGAUGCCAGCCAAUAUGGCAUUGGUGUCGUGCUAGCGCAGCAGGAGGGGCCAAAGUUGAGGCCAGUCGAGUACAUGUCCAAAAAGAUGCCCUCUCAGAAGUUGGCUAAGUCCACCUAUGAGAAGGAGCUCUACGCGAUUUACAAGGCACUGACCCAUUGGAGACAUUAUCUCCUUGGGAGGCCUUACUUCUCUGGUGCGCUGAUCACUGAGUUCGGGCUUGCGGACGAUGUCACUCCUUCUAUGGGGGAAGUCUAUCGCGAGGAUCCGUUUAUGUAUGAGAUCAUUCGCAGACUCGAGGUGACGGACGAAGUGACUUAUGCCGAGUUUGAGUUGGUCAACGGCUUGCUGUUCCCUGAGAAGGCUGGGAAUAAACGUUUGUGUGUGCCUAAUAGAGAGUCUUUGCGCAGUUUAUUUUUAGGAGAGUGUCAUGACGCCACCAGCCAUUUUGGUUUCAAGAAGACUGCAGCCAAUUUGUUGCAGCGGUUCUGGUGGCCCACGAUGAUGAGAGACGCGAAGCUGUACGUGGAAACUUGUCAAGUCUGUCAAAGGGACAAGCCAUGUACACAGACUACUCUUGGGCUUUUGAAGCCCCUUCCGAUUCCGGAAAGGCCUAGUGAAAGUCUGUCCAUGGACACUAUGGAUACGCUGGUCACCAGCAAGAGUGGAAUACGCUACGUCUAUGUCAUUGUGGAUAGGUUUAGUAAGUACGCUAGGUUAGUCACAAUGCCUACGACAACUAAAACUGAGUAUGUGGUCAAGCUGUUCAAAGAGAACUGGGUCAAAGAUUUCGGACUGCCUAAGUCUAUAAUCAGUGACUGGGAUGUGCAAUUCACCAGUGAACUGUGGAAAGCUGCAGCUGCAGAACAGGGAACGCAGUUGCAAAUGACAUCAGGCAAUCACCAAGAGGCGAAUGGGCAGACAGAGCAGUUGAACCGCGCUGUACAACACUUGCUGAGGCAUUACAUCAAACCAAAUCAGGUAGACUGGGAUGAGAAACUCGCUCUGAUCUCCAGCCUGUACAACAACGCUGUGCACAACGCUAUGGGAGUGAGCCCGAACAGCCUGCUCCUGACUUUCAAGCCUAGACUACCUUUGGACUUCCUACUACCUGAGAAUCAGCCAACCGCUGCACCAGGGACCUUGGAUUUUGCUUAUCGGUAUAAGCACCUGAUGCAGCAGGCCAUUGAGCAAAUGCAUAAAGCCCAGGCGGCGAUGAUAGAAUCAGAGAACAAACACCGUCGCCCAUCUACAUUCCAGGUAGGAGAAAGAGUCUGGGUUAAGUCCUCAGAACUGGGACAGGAGCAUGGGAUCUCCCGCAAGCUCAUGCCACAGUACCAUGGAAGGUUCAAGAUGUCGUUGGGGACGAACCGGAUGGUCCUUCUUAUAUUGGACUUCAUGCAGCACACUCUAGAUCAGAUCUUGGACCUUUUGCAAAGGCCAGGAUUUAGACCAGCAGCACAGUCGUCGUUGCCGUUAACGGCAAUGUCAGGCCCCUUUCCCGUACAAGCUGGCACACAACCAAGUGGCACGUCUGCAGCAGCUGCACAGACUGUUGCUUCUUCUUCUUCGGGUCCAGCGGUGGGUGCUACACCACCGCAACAACCUGUUCCUCAACAGGGACAGCCGCAAGGUCAAUGGUACCCUAAGACCCCAAUGAAACCGCCUCUUGCCUUCUCAGGCGAGAGGAAGGACGAAGAACUCAACACUUGGUUGAGAACAAUUCUGGUUUGGGUGAAGGCGAAGAGGACCUUGCCAGAGGACGAAGUGGUUACUGCUGCAUCUAACCUCGAGGGAGUUGUAGAAAGGGAAGUUGUCCACGCUAUAGAAAUCAUCCCAGGGAGUAAAACCCCAAAGGGAAGGAUCUAUAGGAUGGCUCCCGCCGAGUUAGAUGAACUUCGGCGACAACUGAAAGAGCUGACAGAGAAGGGAUGGAUCCGGCCUAGUACUUCCCCUUACGGAUCUCCAGUACUAUUUCUACCAAAGAAGGGGGGUACAUUGAGGAUGUGCAUUGACUAUAGAGGCCUCAAUGCCAUCACAGUGAAGAACGCAGAGCUUCUACCUCGCAUAGACGACCUACUGGAUAGGGUGCAGGGAUGCAAGUACUAUAGUAAGAUAGACUUGAAAUCCGGCUAUCAUCAGAUCGCUAUAAGACCUGAGGACCAACACAAGACAGCCUUUCAAACUCGAUAUGGUCUGUAUGAGUUUGUAGUGAUGCCCUUUGGUCUUUGCAAUGCGCCGGGAACAUUCCAGCAUGCUAUGAAUCGGAUCUUCCAUGACCAUUUAGAUAAGUUUGUCGUGGCUUACCUUGACGACAUUCUGAUCUUUAGUAAGUCUGCCAAGGAGCAUGCACAGCACGUUGAGACUGUACUUUCACUCCUGCGACAACACAAGUAUAAGGUCAACCUAGAGAAGUGUGAGUUUGGUCGCACUAAGAUAUUAUACUUGGGUCAUGAAGUAUCCGCGGAAGGGAUUAGGCCAGAAGAUGCGAAGGUGGCAACUAUUCGAGACUGGCCACGACCUCAGACUGUCACAGAGGUCACAUCUUUCUUAGGAAUGUGCGGCUACUAUAGGAACUUCGUAAAGAACUAUUCUACGGUCGCCUCUCCUUUGACAGAUCUAAGUCGACUUGACACGUUGUGGGACUGGAGUGAUGAGUGCGAGGGUGCUUUCAAGCGAUUGAAGCAUGCACUCAUGAAUCAUGAAGUUCUCAUGGUUCCCGAUCCUCAGAAGCCGUUCAUAGUGACCACUGACGCAAGCCAAUACGGUAUUGGUGCAGUGCUGGCUCAGCAGGAUGGGAAGAAGUUGAGACCGAUUGAGCACAUGAGCAAGAAAAUGCCAUCGAAGAAAUUGGCAAAGUCCACCUACGAAAGGGAACUCUAUGCUCUCUACAAGGCACUUGUCCAUUGGAGACACUUUCUGUUGGGACGGUUCUUCUACUUGAGAACUGACCAUCAGACGCUCAAAUGAAUCAAGACUCAACCGGCUUUUUCCGAUGCACUCAAGCGUUGGAUUGAGGUCAUAGAUCAAUAUGACUUCAAGCUUGAGUA